AUGGACCAAUCAAUUUGUGAAGAAGUAUCAUACGACACUGCAUAUGAUGUGAGUGAUCAUUAUAAUUUCACCGACGUUAAUGUUCUGUCACUUAGUGAAGAUGACACACAACAUGUGGACAAGGGGAAAGAAUUUGUAAACGUUAUUCAAUUAGAGGAUGAUGCAAUGGCAGUGAAUCAUGAGUUACUCGAUCACACUGGAAUUUCAAUAGAGAAAAUCUCGAUUAGGAAUACCAACUUUGACAAGACCAGGAAGGAAUCAAAGAUACCCAUUAACCAAUCGAUACACUGUAGUCGUGAAGGUUAUCGGGAGUUUCGGGUGAAGGCAGCAACUCGGGUAAAGAGAAUAACAAUAGUCGGAUGCAAAGCAAAGAUGUACACGAUGCUUGAUAGGCAGAAGGAUAAUUGGAUGGUGUCCAAAUUAGAAUUGAAGCACACCCACCCGUGUUCUGCCAAGCAGAACAACGAUGAGGCUGGCAUAUGGCCCAACAAGACUUAUCUCGCAUUGGAGAAUGAGUUUAGUGGUUCGUCGAAUUUGGGUUACUCAGAAAAGGAUAUGAGGAACUACAUUACGAGCAAUCUGCGCUGUGCUGAUGAAAACGCAGAUGUGAAGGAAAUGAUUAGCUAUUUCAUGCGAAUGAAAGAUAUCAACCCAAAUUUCUUUUAUGCAGUUGAUAUGGAUGAAGCUAACAAGUUUAAGAGUGCGUUCUGGGUAGAUGCAAGAUGCAGGACGUCCUAUGAAUAUUAUGGUGACGUGGUAUCGUUUGAUAUAACAUACAGUAGAAACAUGCACAGACUUCUAUUUGCAUCUUUUGUUGGUGUCAAUCAUCAUGGCAAGUCCACUCUACUCGGAUGUGCUUUGCUGGUAAAUGAGGAAAUUCGUAGCUUUGAGGGGGUCUUUAAACAAUGGUUGACGUGCAUGGAAAUUCCCCCACAGGCCAUCAUCAUGGACCAGUGCAAGUCCAUGUUUGUUGCAAUUAGGAAUGUCCUUCCAGAUAUUCGCCACCGAUGGUGCAUAUGGCACAUACUGAAGAAGAUACCGCAUAAGUUCGGAGGAUAUGCUUGGUACAGAGAAAUAGAAGCUAGAAUGCAUGGCACUGUUUGGAAUGCCAGGUCUAUGGAAUCUUUCGAGAAGGAUUGGUCUGCAAUCAUUUUGUGUUGUGAUCUUAUAUUCUUCUUUUAUAACCUUUAUGACGAUUGUCGAAUAUGGGUUCCAAUCUAUUUUCAAGGUGAAUUUUGGGCUGGUAUGAGAAGUACUCAACGGAGCGAGAGUAUGUAUGCCUUUUUCGGUGGUUACUUGAAUUGCAAGAGUGGACUGGUUCAGGUCGUUCAUGAGUAUGACAAUGUGCUUGGGAACAAGGAGCAGAAGGAAUUGGAGGAUGAUUGUGCAGACUUUAAAGGAGUUUUCCCCUGUUCAUCGAGCUCUACAAUUGAAAGACAAUUUCAACAUGAGUACACAACCUAUAAGUUUAGGGAAGUACAACAGGAAUUUAGGAAAAGAAUGGAUUGUUUAGUACGUGGUGUGACUCAAGAGGGUGAUUUGUUUCGUGUGACCGUGAACGAGCAAUACCUACUAUAUGGGGAGCCUAGGUCCUGGACGUAUAGUGUCGAGUUUCACCCAGCGACACACAAGGAUUUUGUGACAUGCAAAGAAGCGGCCAUGUUACACUCGGGUCUUGAUGAGUUACGGACAAAGCUAUUUGAUUAUCGUGCAAACCUAGGCUCCAAACGUGUUCCAACUACACAAAACAGCAUGGUGACACAGCGUGACCCAACUCUUGGUGCAUCUGACAUUCAAUGUCCUUCAAAGGAAAUUAAUGAAGCAAUCAGUCCAAAUAUAGCGGGGGGUUCUACGGGGGAGAGUGAAUGA